CGACCAAUCAGUACACCGUUUUACACACAUACUUAAAUAUAUUAUAAGUAUGUGGUUUUACAUCGAAAAUAUAUUUUAAACUGGAAAAAAGAAGAAUUUUAAGCAUGGGAAAGUAGUAGGCCAUAGUCUGACAAUAAAAAAGAAGAAGAUUAAUUAGUGGUUGUACAAUCGAAGGUAAAAGUGUACAAUUUUGACACUGAAAGUUGUACAAUUCAAAAAUCCCUAGGAACAACACUGGUAACACUGCAAAAAUAUUUUCUUUUCUCUUUUCUGUCGUUCUUGCGAAAGUUAAACGGCUAAAAUGUCUGAUGUCGAAGUUGAUGAUGCACCCUCAAUUGCCCCUGUGCAAACAGGAGGACCAAUGGAUGUAAACCAAGCUCUCCAAGAAGUCUUGAAGACAGCGCUUAUUCAUGAUGGAGUUGUACAUGGGCUUCAUGAGGCUGCUAAAGCUUUAGACAAAAGACAAGCUGUAUUAUGUGUGCUCGCCGAAAAUUGCGACGAGCCUAUGUACAAAAAAUUAGUUUCAGCACUUUGUUCUGAGCAUCAAAUUCCACUCAUCAAAGUAGAUAAUAACAAAAAACUAGGAGAGUGGUCAGGAUUAUGCAAAAUUGAUAACACUGGCAAAGCACGAAAAGUUGUAGGAUGUUCCUGUGUUGUAAUUAGGGAUUAUGGAGAGGAAUCACCAGCUCUAGAUAUCCUUAGAGACUACCUUAAGAAUGCUAAGUAAAAAUUUUUUAUCC